AUGCCAUCCAGCUCUAGACGCGGCACUGUAAGAGCUCACAAUUCGUAUGGUACCUCGAACUCUAUUAGAGAAUAUAAUAGCAGGACCAAUCUUGUCAAUCAUUCGCACAUACAAACAAGACCUGCAGAGAGCAUUCCAGGACAUCCUGGGUCAAAGGACGAACUUGAAUCACCGGAUUUCAUUAUCAAAGAAUCAGCUCAAGAAGAAAUACAAGAUCAGUUAGAAUACGAAACAAGAUUACAAUCACUUCGAAAUAAUCAUUCCAGGAGUCCCCCUUCGAUAUCACAUCCUCCGCAUAGUACGUACGCAGAAGUUAUGGCUGCUAGAUCUUCACGCUCGCGUCGUCGAAAUGAAGCAUUAGAUGAGGGACCAGAUAUGAGAUUAGGAGGACCGAUGACUCUUGAAUCACUUGGACCAUUCAAAUAUACGUUUAAAAAGAAGAAGAACUCGAAAUCGAAAUAUUCAGCGUCGAUGUUGAAUGAAGAGGCGAUUGAAGCGAUUGAGUCUACUAAUAAUAGUAAUAAUGGAGGUGAAGAUAUUGGUAUAAUGACAAAUGAAGAGGCAAACAUGGAUAUGGGACACAGCGAAAGUACUAGUGAGGUUGGAACAGACCCCGAAUUGGUAGGAGGUGGAAAUGGAGGUGGAAAUUCAGGUGGACUUUCAUCACGCCCCAUUUCACCUACAUCGACCCCACAAUUCAAAUCAUCUCUCGAUUUCCCCUCUCCCCACACAACUUUACAGAAACAACAAAAUCUAUCAGAAUUCACCUCCACUGCUCCGGCGCCAAAAAGAGUAAUUCAAAUUCUUCAAAAAGAUACAGAAAACUUGAAGGAUUUUAAUAUCUCGAGAGAGAACAAACUUGAGGACGACAGCGAUAAGGAAAAUAUUAAUCGCAACAUUUCUCAACCAAUUGUUAUUACAGAUAAAGAUAUCGCCACUACCCUUCCUCUGCCUCUUUCUCUUUCUUCUGCGACUACCAAUACGCCUUUAACUGAUUCAAUUUCUCCACCCUUGGUUAUACCACCUCCUCCAGGUCUUUCGAGAGUCUCAUCCAUAUCAUAUUCAACCUCUGAUAACACCAGAGCGCAAACUCUCUAUACCAUUGAUAGUGGAAUUGAUCUCAAUCAUUCUUCCUUGGACUUUUUGAAGUGUGACGAUUCGGAUACACAGUCGCUUAAGGAUAAAAGCGAAGCAGUCAUGGCUCGCAUCGCUGAAUCAACAGGCUUGAUGACGAGAACUAUGAGUGAUCUUACCACCGCCAACGAUGGUUUCGAUUCUGUAGAAUGGGAUCCAGAUCUUCCGGUUCGUUCGAUUAACGACUCCCCGGAGCCAUUAUUGGUUGAAGCGCAACCUGUAGCUUACACUACCGUCGGAUCUCGUGUCAAUCCUAAUUUACAACCUCAAAUCUCAGCUCCCAAUCGCAUUCAACGUGAAGGCUCAAUUCGAAGACCUCAGUUGGAUCCAACUCAUAACCGACAGGCAAAUUAUUAUACUCACACCCGCGGUCCACCACCCCCUCUAAAUAUGCAAAAUUCUAUGCACUAUGCGCAACAACUCGGUCAAGCUUCUAAUACUUUCAAUACCCCUCCAGCGACAUCUGCGAGAUCUGCUCGCUCUCUAAGAGUUUCUCAGAGACUGUCCCAGACGGAACAAGAGAAUCAUACGCUUCUUAGACUUCAAGGGAUGAUCAACGCUAGAGUGCCUGGUGGACAUUAUCCUGCUUCCCCCAACACGCCAACCCCUGCUUCUCAUCAAAAUCACAUUUCAUCAAUUUCAAAUGACGAUCAAGAUAUGGGAAGAGGAAAUGAUUUGCAAGGUCCGAUAUCAGGUCUAGAAAAGAUGCAGACCUUACAAAGACUUGCGCGAUUCCCAAACCCAAUGCAAACCUCAGCCUUACGUCGAUUGUCAGAACUGCAGGCACCCAAAACAGAAAAUACUGCAAAUCUCAAUGAAGAUGUAGAAGUUUCGAGUCAAGCUUUAGAGAACCUCUUGCGAAACUCAAAAGACAAAACCGUGUUGGGCGAUGUACAUGCCACCAAGAAUGGAGAACUAGACCGUAGUUAUACAUUUCCUCCACCGGGCAUUUCUAAUGCGGCAUACAAUCCUCUUUAUGGUGCCUAUGCGGGAGCUAACGGUCAUUCAAGGGAUUCUGGACAUCAUAGGGGGGUACCUGGGUAUCCACAACCACUAACUGCCGGUCCACCAGGUCAACGCUCGUACACUAAUAACAGACAGAAUAGCAAUUAUAGUGAGGAGGCAUGGACACAAGAUCAAGUUGUAGUGAAACAAAACUCACAUACGAACACCGGGGCCAUUUCACCGUGGCAGGAACCGAAAGUGACGAAUGAACAGUACACAGCCCAGGCUCCGGCUCCAGCUCCUUCCGCACGAGCAACCGAUACAAUCUCUAUGCAAGAAGCCUCUCGGUAUUAUCCCCACGGAUUCCCCGCUGACAUGACUGGGCGAUUCACUCGUUUGUCGAUUGAUGUACAAAAGGAAAUGGGUCUUCUCGUGGAUGAAGAAACUCCAGAGCAAGCUCGAACAAGAAAACAAAAGGAGAAGGAUGAGUGGUUUUACGCAGGCCAGAAACGCUGGAACAUGACGAUCCAAGAUCACAUCACGGAAAUUGAAACCUAUGCCAACCCUUUUGGUCCUAUUGGCCCUCCCACGAAGAAAACUUUGGUUUCCGACAAUAGACCUCUUCCCGGUAUCACUAUUUCAGAAAUGCAAAAGAAGACCAUACCCGAGGUCAUCGCUCCAAUGAUAGAUGGAGCUCUUGGCAAUCUGUUUGCUAUCAAAGCUCAACAGGAGGAAGGUAACUCCACUUUACCAUUCAUGAGAUAUACCAAAAGCCCAGAUUGGCACAUCGAUACCAGCCCAAGAGGCAAUGAUUCCUUCUUUGGAGAAGACUGGGGAGUAGCAAUUAAUGUACCAAACACUCAUAACGCCCGAAUCCAGCGCUACUAG